UUCAUAACCCGGAUGUUGAUUGAGCACAUGCUUCAGUUGUGGCUCAGCUGGUUGUGGGGGGACGUUGGAGGUUUAUUUUAACAGUGUUAACUUUAUUUUCCCGUCAAAUGUGCACAAAACAGCAGAAUGUCCAUGGACAUUACGUUUCUCGGGACCGGAUCAGCAUAUCCGUCUCCUAAUCGCGGCGCGUCUGCGCUCGUGUUGCGGACUGAAGGGGAAAGUUGGCUGUUUGACUGUGGAGAAGGAACACAGACUCAGUUAAUGAGGAGUGCGCUCAAAGCAAGCAAAAUCACCAAAGUCUUCAUAUCUCACCUCCAUGGUGAUCAUCUCUUUGGUCUUCCUGGUUUACUGUGCACCAUCAGUCUGAACUCAAACCCCCAGCCGGAUCAGCCUCCUCCCUGCGUGGACAUUUACGGCCCGGGGGGGUUGAGACACUUCGUCCGUGUGGUGUUAGAGCUGUCCAGCUCCCAGCUGCUCUUCCCAUAUGCUGUGCAUGAACUGGAGCCGUCAGAUGACCAGUGUCCUGCUGAGGGGCGUCUCAGUCCUGCACUGACCUCCAGCAGCGAUACGCUUCACCCACAGGAGCGGCCCGGCAGAACCAUACGCCUGGACCCGGACACUGACUGCUAUGACCUUAUUGAUGACAAACAGUUUGUGGUUAAAGCAUUUAAGCUGUUCCACAGAGUCCCAUCAUUCGGCUUCUCGGUGGAGGAAAGAGAACGUCCAGGACGGUUAAACACAGACCUGUUGAAAGAACUAGGUUUGAAACCGGGACCUCUAUACGGACGUCUGAAGAACGGAGAGUCUGUGACACUAGAUAGUGGACGUGUGUUGACCGCCAGCGAGGUGCUGGAGCCGGCGCUGAAGGGCCGUAAGGUGUGUGUUUUUGGAGACUGCUGCGCGGCACUGGGGGACGGCUUUAAAAGGGCGUGUCAGGGGGCGGACGUGCUGGUGCACGAGGCCACGCUGGAGGACGGGCAGCAUGAGAAGGCAGUGGAACAUGGGCACAGCACUCCCAGCAUGGCUGCUGCGGUGGCGCUCGCCUGCGGGGCGCGCACGCUGGUUCUGCACCACUUCAGUCAACGCUACAAACCCGAAACGCUGCGGCGAGACGGCGAUGAGGACGUGACUGAGCUUAAGAGACAAGCUGAGCUCAUGCUGCAGGGGUCAAGGACAGAGGUCAUUCUCGCGGAAGACUUUCUCACGCUGCCUAUUGCACUCAAAAAGAAUUUGACACUGUAGUUCCUGUAAGACUUGAGUAUGGAUACAGUUUUUGGUGAUUAUAUUUUAAUUCAAGGAAAUGUUUUAAUAAAGUCUGUCAUUUUAAACACUG